UGGAUUUUAUUUUUCAUAUUUUUUCCCCUUUUUUCUAGGGUUUCCAGAAUCACCUCCGAUCUCGUUGAUCGAAUCUCUUUUAUCUAGGGUUUGUUUUAAUUUCUUUUUUCCAUUUUCUCGAGAAAAUUUGGGUUUCCCGUAUUUAUUUUGGGUAAUUUUUGCUUGGGAAGAAACAAGAGGAGAGAAAAACGAUAAACUGAUGGUGCACUUAAUGACAUCUGGAGAUCUCCGGUCCGAUCAGGAAUCGGCAGCUUGUACGGACAAGUCGCCGGUGAAAUUGGAGAUCGAGGAUUCUUUGGAAGAGGAGCAUGCUCCGUUCACUAAGCGAUCCAAGCCUUCCCCAGCUUUCAAUGAGUGGGAUGCCGGAAACAAAUCCUUACCUAUCCCCCCAUCACAAUACAACCCACUUGAUGAGCCCAGCCCAUUGGGGUUGAAGCUGAAAAAGAGUCCUUCGCUGUUGGAUUUGAUCCAAAUGAAGCUUUCCCAGGGUAAUCCUUCUCAACUUGGAGGUGCACAGAGCGGAAGCGUUACCUCUGUUGUCAAAAAAGAGAACAAAGGAAGUGCUCCUGUGACUUCUAAUGACAAGCUUAAGGCUUCAAACUUUCCUGCCUCACUUUUAAGGAUAGGCGGUUGGGAGUAUAAGUCAAGAUAUGAAGGAGAUUUAGUGGCAAAAUGCUACUUUGCUAAGCAUAAGCUUGUCUGGGAAGUUCUUGAAGGUGGUCUUAAGAGUAAAAUUGAAAUUCAGUGGUCAGAUAUAAUGGCUUUGAAGGCGAAUUGUCCCGAUGAGGGACCUAGUACCUUGACUGUUGUGCUGGCUAGACAACCGCUUUUCUUCAGGGAAACCAACCCUCAGCCUAGAAAACACACUUUAUGGCAGGCCACAGCAGAUUUUACUGAGGGACAAGCUAGCAUGAACAGGCAACACUUUCUUCAAUGCCCUCAAGGACUGCUGACCAAACAUUUUGAAAAGCUUAUUCAGUGCGACAUGCGUCUAAACUUUUUAAGUAGACAGCCAGAGGUAGCUUUGGAUUCACCAUAUUUUGAACCACGAACUUCUAUUUUCGAGGACCCAGAAGAAUCCAAAGGCCGAGCUAUAGAUCAAAUGGACAAUGGUAUAGGAUCUUCCAUCUCUGGUCUUCAAGAUGUUGCAUCACCAUCGACUCAGUCAUCUUCAUUUAAGCUUGAUCAGCAAGAUUCAGGUGGCAUGGCAGUGGAGAAUAGGUCUAGAGAAGCUCCUUCCCCCAGCUCAGUUAUGGACAGCCAUGCAAUUGAAGGGAAUGGAAGUUCUGAAACCGUUAAUUCCAGGGGACCUAUGAAUUGGGACCAGAUUAAAGUCCCUGGUCUUCACCCAUCAAUGUCAAUGAGUGAUCUUAUGAACCACAUUGAAAAUUGUAUUUCAGAACAGAUGACUUCUGGAAACCAAUCAGCUGCUGAUCAACAAACGAACUACCAAGACAUGUUGGAGGAGGUUGCACAGUACCUGCUGAAUGACAAUCAAUUAACAACUGAUUCCGACGAGAAAUCUCUCAUGACAAGGGUCAAUUCUCUUUGUUGUCUUCUUCAAAAGGAUCCUACCAACCUUCACCAAUCUCAGGUUGACGGCGAAAGCUCUGUUGAAGGACCUGCCGGUGAUGGAAGUGAUAUUCAACUUAACCCCGCCCUCGAUGGUAAAGUUAGAACCGAUGGCAAAACGUCAGAAGAGGAUUUGAAUUUGAAAGACAAUUCUGUUGGAAAGCAACCACUAGGAAUGUCUAGGAAAGAUUCUUUCGGAGAACUGCUGCUCCAUCUUCCCCGAAUCGCCUCUCUUCCAAAGUUCUUGUUUAAUAUUUCAGAAGAAGAUGGUGACAGUCAAUCUUCUCAAUAGAUCUCUACUGGCUUCUUUUAGGUUCUGAAAGACUGGCCGGCCGGGAAUGAGCCGAGCUGAACAGGAAAUUCAUUCUCCCUAUGUGGAGAAUUGAUAAGCAAAGCGGUUUGACAUAUCAUAAAAGCUUGCUUGCAUUGCGGGGAGGUAUUGGGAUUCAGAAAUUAAUAUUGAUGAAGAAUCCUGGUAUGCUCCCUUUGUAAAAAGGAACAAAAAAAAAAGAAGGUUCAAAGUUUUAGGUUAUGUUCAUUAUUAUUGUUAUUUUCUUUCGUUCACGUCUUAUGAACAAGACCAGGUAUAUAUAUAUAUAUGUGCAUGUAUGUAUAUGCCUAUUAUAAGUAAAUUGUUAAAUCAUUGUGAGGGUUAAUGUGUUUGGAAUCUGGUUCUUGUGUUUUAUUUCAUCACAAAUAAUUGUAUUUAUUUGUUGUGAUCUUUGAAAAUUUCAGAUAUCAAGAACGCCCUCCAGACAUACAAUUUAUUGAAUAUAAGUAGAAAUUGAGUGA